AUGCCUGACAAGCGCAAGGACCCUUCUUCAGAAUCGAGCAGUCCUCCAUACCCCAAAAGGCCCCGUCCUACAGACUCCAACGAUGAUGAAGAAUCAUACCCUCCAACCCCCAAAACACCAACCACAGCACGCAUUCAGCCCAAAAAUGACCCCGUCUAUGGGCAGAGACAUGCAUUUCCGGGACUGGACGAUCUUGGAGAUGAGGAUCAAUUAUGCUACGACCCUCCAGAGGAUGGAAUCGAGUAUCUGCGUAUGGUCCGCUUUGGCAAUAGUAAAGUGAUGCUGAUGGCAAUAUCCCGCCCGAUAUUCGUCUCCAACACCGUCUGUCAAAACAAGGAUAAUUCGAGAACCCUUGAAACCCAAGGAAAUAAAAGUAGCGAUGACGACACCAUGGCCAAGGAAGUAGAGAGCGGCCAGACCGGCUUUUACUCGGAUGGAGUCUAUGUCGCAUACUACUCCCAAAACCCCCAAGCCGAAGCACCCCACACAAGCGCUCCUGACGCGCAAGAGAUAUACUACAACCUACUCCACCACCGCUUCCUUCUUCUUCGAUCAACACUAAAAUGCACACCACCAGCAUCCGUGAUUGCUUCUUUAGGCGCGGAACGGCCCAUUUCUCUCCCCCGAUCCAACAAGCAUGCCAGGGCUGAGUGGGAGAAAAUAAUACAGACAAUGGACCCUCGCAUGGCGCAAUUGGCAUGCAUGGAUAUGGAAAGUGUGCUGGGGCUUCUGGCCGUUGUUGCACGCUUGUUAUCUAAGACAGUUAGGGGCAAUGACAGCGUGCAGGUGAAGAGACUAGGUGCAUGGGCAUGGGGGCUCUUGGGCCGUUGUCGAGCUGUGGGGGAAAUGGGAAGUGAGGAAGUGGGGGAUAUAAGGGAGUUGGGGAAGAGGGCGGCUAGGAUUUUGGUGAAGAUUCGGGAAAGUGAGGUCGUGGAGGCUCAGGGUCUGGAGGGCGAAUUUGAUAUGGAGGAUGGGGAGAGAGGAGAAGUCGUCGAAGAAAAUCAAGAGGAACGAGAGGAGAAAGGGGUUGGCACUGGGGAAAGUAUUAACAGGAAUGGGGAUGGGGGUGAUAACCAGGUGAAUGAACUGGAUAUUACGAAUGAUGCUGCCAGCGCGGAUGGGAUAUUAGGACAUGAGGAAGCGAACGGAGACAUUAUCACCUCAUCUAACGGCGUGGACACUCAGGACGAACUCGAAGCAGCCAAAGCACGUCUCCAAGCAAGACUGCAAGCCCAGCAUACGAGUGGUAAACUAGAACCUGGGGAAAGUGAGAUCGAGAGAGAGAAUAACGAUGAAGAAGACGGAGAAGGCAAGGUGGAUGGUGAUUACAAAUCUAGAAAUGCGCAGCAAUAUACCCGCGCCAUGCUCGAUAUGAUAAUUAGUGUUAUUGGAGAAUUCUACGGACAGAGAGACCUGCUUGAGUUUCGCGAUAUAUGGGAGGAAGAUAUAGGUCUUGCUUGGUAG